CCGGACCGAGAGUGUGGUGCAAAGUUGCGACGGCGGCGAUGGGCAGUCGGGAUCGCGAUGCGCUGCCCGUUGAGUUCGGACCCAUCACUGCACAGAACGUCGGCGUGCUGCGGGUCCUCAAUCAAGUCAUCUUCCCAGUGCGCUACAACGAUGCGUUCUACACGGACAUUGUGUCAACACCGCGCGAGUUGUCCAAGUAUGGCUGUGUCAACGGCAUGAUUGUGAGCUCCAUUUGUUGUCGCGUUGAGACUAUGCCAGACGGGUUCGAACGAGUCUACAUCAUGACGCUGGGUGUGUUGGAGCCGUAUCGCAAGCACAGCCUCGGUGGCGCGCUCCUCGAAAGCGUCCUGGCACACUGCGAACGCAUGAAGAUGGACCACAUUUACCUUCACGUCCAGACGAGCAAUGCGGCUGCCAUUCGGUUCUACGAGCGCCAUGGAUUCCACGUCACGCAGACCAUCUACAACUACUACAGGAACAUCAGCCCUCCCGACUGCUUCAUCUUGGCUCGGUCAUUCGGGUAAUGGAAACGACCCCCUCUUUUGUCACCGUUGCUCUCGUUCUCCAGUCUCUGGACACCCGUUUUGCCACUCCGUACCCCCUUUUGGAUGUAACACUAUUUUCGAUGCAACUCUAUUUAACGUUUAUUCCGCCACUCGCGCUUUCUUCGCGUGCAAGGCGUUCAACUUGUCGGCGGAAUAUGCGGCGGCAGCAGGCAGUUUGAACGAUAUGCACAUCAUGAGCUUCUUCGGCGCGACGUCGCGGACGUGAUGCACGCUAAACUCCUCAAGCUUGGCACCAAGGAUGGUCUCCGUGCGCUACAAAUCCUCGUCUGUCAACAAUCGAUCGAUCGUUUUCAUCGUGUCGUACCUCUUGCACGUCUUUCUCCGGUGCGUCCAUGUUGGUCGUGAAACAGUAUGUGUGGAUCGUCGGUAACUCUCCUUCCCACUCAUCAAAUUGACCGGGAAAUGCAUCCAGGAACUCGAGCGCGAUCGCAGGCAAGUUCAUGAUGACUUGAGUAAAUUGGAUCUUGGACGACAGCAAGUGCGCAAGGAAGGCGCGGCCGUCCAUGUUGAAACUGUGCACUUUCCCUUCGACCUUGUUCUUCUUUCGAUUCACGUUCAGGUACUCGAAGCUCUUGGGGUUCAAGUCGUUAGCGUAAACGACGCACCCCCGUUUCCCGAGCGGGAUCGCGAAUGGCCCGAUGCCGCACAUCAUGUCACACACCACGUCCGUCGGCUGGAGCGACCGCACAAGACGCAAGUGUUCCUGCUGCAGACGCGAGUUCCAGUACACUUGCGCAAAGUUAAAGUGGAAGUUGCAGUCGCUUUCGUGGAGCACCACCUCCAUGUUGUCUUCGCCCGCCAACACUUCCAUGGGGAACGUGCGGAACACGCUGUCGAUCACGUCCGUUUUGUUUACGACCGUCUUGAUGCGCGGCGUGUUCUUGUCCAAGAUCACUUGGCCGAUAACGUGUUUGUACGGAAGAUGAAAGUCGCGCAGGUUGAGAUGCGCAAUGUGGCCGAUCGUUUCGAAGGAGGCGGGAAUCUCUGUGAUCGAUUCAGGCAACAGGCGGCGGAGGACGUGCUCCACGGACCAGAACGAGUAGUCCAACGAGAUCUCGUGCGGCUGGACCUACAAAGAAUGGACAUUGGGACAUGCGCGAUGGACAAGACAUUACGCGAAGCUUCUCGUUGCGGAUGUAGUCGUGGAGUUCUUGUGGGCAUCCUGUGAGCUCGUCGCCUUGGAACUUUUCAUUGAGGAGCACCAACUUGGACGACACUUCCGUUUGUGGGUUCGGGACAACGUUGCGAAGCUUGGGACGAUUGAGCAAAUGCUGUGAGAAGGUCUUGAUGAUGUGCCCGAUCUGUUUGCCUUCGGCGGCGACGCCCAUGACCUGUAGAGUCUGCAAGAACGCGGACCGAUCCAGGACGACGGCGGCGGCGGCUUUGGACACG